CGUGUAAACACGUCUUUAGACACUGACCACCGUGCGCGUAACUUUGUCAAACGUGAACUUGUUCACCUUGAUGGUGAUGUUAGGUCAAUGGUCGAUUAGAAGCCCAGCUUGACCAGCUGUGGUUUGUAAUUCGUAAUUCGUAUGUGACAGAAGAUGUCGUAGUCACAACAAUCGUCAGAGGCAUAGAGAAGAUACGUGCAUGUUAUACACAGGCAGAGUGGUUUGAGAGUGUGUUAACAGACAAAUAAUUCAUCGGAAUCGGGUGAACAGGGCAAAAACUUGGUAGGAACGCGGAGUAGCUGCUCGUCGGAAACGUAGAAACAAAAGUAAAACCAUGAACAAUGUCCGUAAACUGGUUACAUCGUAAAACUGAGAAAUAAUAAUAAUGGAGGCUCGAAAGCGUGAUCUAGCUUUACCGUAACCGAGAACACACUUUUUAGAUUGCGAUAACGUCACGGAGGAGUCACUGACUCAUAAAUGUUGUUUUCUCUCUUGACGUUAACAAAGCGAAGAAGCACGUCGCUCGCCAAACGGAGCAGUUAAGGUAGAAGAAAGAAAAGCAGUGCCUAAAUUUAACAGCCAAGUAAUAAUAAAAAUACAAGAAGGAACGGGUCGUUAUUUUUUUAUUCAAUACAAAGUACACUAAUAAAUAAUUUAUCAAUAUGGGCAACUGCUUAAAAUGCAGUGGAGGCGGUCAACAGGACAACACGACACUGCUAAACAACAGCCCUGAUCCUGCGUUGACCGGCGGUGCCUCCCAGGAGGCUCUUGGCCCUCCGCCACCUUACAAUGAGAUAGCAAGCGCGUACUAUCCGCCGAUGGGAACAAGAGACCGUCAUCAGCAGUUGACCGAGCUUGGAAUGGGACGAGGAACAGUCGGCAUGAAUCCGAUCGGUAGUGUCGGUUUUAGCGAGGAAGAACAACAAGUUAGAAUCGCCAAACGCAUCGGACUGAUCCAGCAUUUACCCACUGGCGAAUACGACGGUUCAAAAAAAGGAGAGUGCGUUAUAUGCAUGAUGGAGUUAAUUACUGGCGAGGAGGUUCGUUAUCUCCCUUGUAUGCAUACUUAUCACGCGGUAUGCAUAGACGACUGGUUGUUACGCUCUUUAACGUGUCCUUCUUGCAUGGAACCGGUCGACGCAGCCCUCAUUAAUUCUUACUACGCUACAACUUAAUACAAAAAUUACUUGCGAGGCAAAACUAUUUUUUUUUCAUUCUCUCUUCAAUCGUAACAUCGAGAUGUCAGGGAGCACGGCAAAUAGACUGUCAAAAUGGAAAGGGACUGCACUUAUAUUGUUGAAGUAAAUUCUCUUUAAGAAUCAUUGGUUUUAACUGCAAGCUUUAAGGUCAGUGCAUUUUUAUCAUUUCUACUUGCCUAAGGUAAUUUUGAUAACAGCUGUAACAACUAUAACAAUCAACAAAUGAAUUGUUUAAGUGAAAAAAGGUCAUAUAUUUACACAUAGAAGGGAGUUUAAACCAUUAUACGUAACUUCUGAAACGAAAAUUCCAUACAAGUAAAUAUGUUCAAUAACUUUUUAUUGGUACGUGACGAGCGAUUGAUAACUUCUAUGUGAGUAACGUUUUUCGAUGGAUAUUGGAAUAAGCUUAAUCUACUUAGUGUUACAUUAUGAAACUUGAGUAUUGCAGAUGUAAAUCCUAUAGGUGCAUUUUUUUCUUUUUUUUUUCCCUCCUCUCAGUAACUAUUGCUAAUGGUAAGGAAAAGUUUGUAAGCAAUAUGAUUUUCAAUAAUGAUCACGAUUUGAAUCCAAAUUCAGACGUGGUAUGUAAAAGCAAUUGCGCGUCGUGGUUGAAAUUUGCAUCGAAUCGUAUGCACAUGUGUGCACGGAUAUGUUAGAAAUGGAAUGUUAAAAGAAAAAUGAACAAACUUGGUAUUUUGCCUCAAAUUAUAUGAAUACAUCACGCUUGGAUUUCCGAUUCUUUUUUUUACUCUACCCAAAGUAUAUUAAUAUCAGUUCACAAGUGGCAGUUAUUAAAGUAUAUUGUUACGGAAAAUAAUAAAUGUAACAUAGGAAGUUCAAUACUAGAUAGUAAAUAAUAUUAAUUCGUAUUAAAAAUCGAUUUAAGACUCAGGAGAUCGUCUUUAUAUCUCUGAAACGGAAAAUUUAACUGGCAAAGGCUUAGCAUGUAUGCAUAAUAUUGAUGAAAUAGAAUAUGAUAUAAUAUUUCCUUGAUUAUGAUAGUGAUAAUAAUAAUAAUAAUAAGAAUGGAAAGCAAAUAUGCAUUAGGCUAAGAUAUCAAGAUGGUGUAUACAUAGGUGAUAUUUUUAAACUAAAUUCCAAGAGGCGAAUCGACAGCCUUUUGUACAUCGUUUUAUUAACGUAACUACUACCGCUAGCAUGAUUUAGGGAGGAAACAAAAUGAAAAAAGAGAAAAAAAAAGGUGAUUAAUUAGUAAGAAAUUUAUGUUAAAACAGGAUUCUGUAAUAAAUUAAAUUUUUUACAACAAUGUGUAUCCUAAUCAAGUGUAAUUGUAAUUAUAAUAAGCUGCAUUCUGUGACCCGAAUUAAUUUGUGAUUAGUUAUUGAAUUCUGGUGCUAUACGUAUUAUCGUCUUUAUUUAAUAUUAGUUUAUGUUUUUUUUUUUCGGUUUCUAAUUUGUAAACUAUAAUUGAUCGAACGUUUAUUAUUUGACUAGACGCUAAUAAUUACUUGAAAUUAAAAACACAAAGAAAAG